AUGGCAAAUAUCAAGAUAUUGAUGGCGAACAAGUAUGGAAUCAAACCGGCGGUGGUUAAGGAUGGAAUCCACUACCCUGUCACCAGCAUGGAAAACAAGCUGCGCAAGUUGAUGACUGACAAACAACUCCUUAUUGAUGUGUUAAAAGAGUUGUACCGAGACCUGUGCUUAAAUGACGGGUUCCAGUGGUUCAUACAAUUCCUGGCCCAGAGCAGGAUUGACGAGAGACGCCUCCAGAUGUCUGAGGAUGAAGUGGCCAGGAAUAGAGCAAAAUUCAAAGAGUUGAGAAAGCAACUCCGCACUCAGCGUAAUAACCAAAAAUCUACUUUGUACGAGUUUGAAGGAAAUUUCGAUAGACUCAGACACAACAUAGAGGAUACGGAACAAAUAGGGAUAUUCAAGACUGUUUACCAUAUCAAGUGGCAGAGGUCGAGACGCGAGCAGUUUAUGCAGUCCAUCACGGAUGUCCAGGACGAGAGUGCCCAUAGCAUACGCUACUUCAAGGACAAACUACUCGCGGAGAACCGGGUUCACAAUGAAUUGGAACAUUGGAACACUGUUGUCAUUAAUGAGUACUUGAUGGAAAUAGAAAAGACGAUGAGCAAGUAUGACAGGGACGUUGAGGCGAUGGACUUGCAGAUUCGCACAAAGAAGUCGGAGUUGAACAGAAUGAUUGACGAGAGGGAAGCUCGACGUAGACUCAUUGUGCAACACGAAGAAGAAAUGGAGGCCUGGAUGAAGUUUAAGGACGACAGAGCUGCUGAGAAGCUGUAUAAGAUGAUAAUGUUGCAAUCGGCGCUGAUCGUGCAGGCUUGGUGGCGCGGCCUGUUGGUCAGACAACAACUGGGGCCGUUCAGGCCUAAGAAAGAGAAGGCCAAACCGAAGACUACAGUCUCCACUGCAAAGCCGGAAAAGAAGACAGAGGAAUAGAGACAACACAUUGCUAUGAUGAUACUAUGUAUAGAACGGUAAUUCUCCGCCCCGCAUCAAUUCGUUGCUAGAUUUACCUCACCCCCUCUGGGUCUUUACUCAUGGCCAUAAACAGCUAAGGAGUAAGAAGGAUCGCGGUAUUGGCGGCUCGCUUU